CCAGCCUGUUUAGUCGCUUCUGCUGAUCCAGCAGAAGCACUAACUAUGCAUAUGGUUGGAUUUAUUGAUGUCUUGGAAAGAAUGAUUCCAGAUAGAGGAAAACAGGACAAGAUCUCAACUUUGCUGGACUUCUACACAAAAAGUGAAGGGAUAUUCUCAAGGGAUAUCGUAAUUAGACAUCGGACAAUGAAAUUACCCACUGACUGGUGGGCUACCUAUGGAGUGGACCCGAACAGGAAGGAUCCAGCUCUAAAUAAGCUGGCUAUGAAGAUUCUUGGAUUCACGUAUUUUGUCAGUGGUUGCGAGCGCAAUUGGAGCACGUUCGAGUCGAUUCAUACCAAGAAAAGGAAUCGCCUUGAGCAAAAAAAGCUCAACAACUUGGUUUUCGUUCAAUACAAUAAAAAAUUGCGAGAACGAUUCCAAAGUAGGAAAGAAAAGCCCGGCUUCUUUGACCCUAUCUGCUUAGAUGAGUUGGAUGCAGAUAACGAGUGGCUCGUAGAAACGGAGGACCCGGUAUUUGCUAGAGAGGAUCUGACAUGGGCACAAGUUGAAGAUGCCGCAUAUGGAUCGACACCUGGUGAAGGUAGUAGUACCACUCGAAGGCGAAGGACGGGGGGAAGCCGAGGGGCGAGUGGUAGCCGUCAACCCAUUGAUAAGAUUGAGGAGAUUGAAGAAGGAGAAGGUGAUAAUGAUGAUCAAAUUGAAGAUCAUCCACCAUUGGAUGUUGAUGAAGUAUUAGUACGUACAGAUGACGAAGAAAUGGAAGAAGAAGAAGUGUAUGUGGAAGAAGGAGAUGACUCGAAUGAUGAUGAUGAUGAUGAUGGUGGUGGUGAUCAUCCACCAUUGGAUGUUGAUGAAGUAUUAGUACGUACAGAUGACGAAGAAAUGGAAGAAGAAGAAGUGUAUGUGGAAGAAGGAGAUGACUCGAAUGAUGAUGAUGAUGAUGAUGGUGGUGGUGGUGGACUUGGUGGUGAUGUGCCACAAUGGAUGCUAGAUCAAUGUAUAUCAUGAUUAUUGAUUAAUGAUUAGAUAAAUAAUAAAUACAUAACUUCUUAAUUUUGUUUAAUGGUUGUCUUGUCUCAUAAGUCUAAGUGUGUUGAUGUUGUCGAUUGUUUGUUGAUAA